CUCCAUCGCCGCCCUGCGAGCGCCCGCGGCGCCUCUAGAGCGGCCGGUAACAUGCAUGUAUCACUGGCUGAGGCUCUGGAGGUUCGGGGAGGUCCAUUACAAGAAGAAGAAAUAUGGGCUAUUUUGAAUCAAAGUGCAGAAAGCCUUCAGGAGUUAUUCAGAAAAGCUGAUCAUACCACGCUGGGGUUCAUUAUUUCUCCAUGGUCUCUGCUGCUACUCCCUUCUGGCAGCGUCUCCUUUACGGACGAACAUGUUGCCCAGCAAGACCUUCGAGCGUUCACAGCGCCAGAGGUUCUGCAGAACCAGUCGCUCUCGUCUCUCUCGGACGUUGAAAAGAUCCAUAUUUAUUCUCUUGGUAUGACACUUUUUUGGGGAGCUGACCAUGAAGUUCCUCAAAGCCAACCUAUCAAACUUGGAGAUCAUCUCAACAGCAUCCUCCUCGGCAUGUGCGAAGAUGUCAUUUACGCCCGGGUAUCCGUGCGGACCGUCCUGGAUGCUUGCAGUGCCCACAUAAGGAACAGCAACUGUGCUCCUUCCUUCUCAUACGUGAAGCAGUUGGUCAGGCUUGUUCUGGGAAGCCUGUCGGGGGUGGAUCAACUUUCUUGCAACGGAGGUAGAAAGCUGCAGCCCGACAGGAGCCAGGCUAUUCGGGACAGGCUGAGAGGAAAAGGUCUCCCCACAGCAAAAAACCUGAUGGUCGAUGCAUCUGAUGGACCCAAGCCUCAUUUCUCCCAACAGAUCACACUUAACAAAGGACUUAGCAAAUCUAUGGGUUUUCUGUCCAUUAGAGGAACACAGCGCGAGGAGGAGUUUUUCCAAGGUAUUUCCACAGAUUACAGCUCAGGACAGGAAGAUGCUUUUUGUCCUCGUCAAUGUAAAACCAGUGAUUUUGAAAAGAAAGGUCCCCUUCAUACAGAUGCUACUCCCAAGCGGAAAAUCUGGGCUUCCUCCACAGACUUGCUUUGCACAAGUGACAAAGCAGCUGAGAGAGACCAUGCUGGAGACUCCCACAAACACAGCCAUCAGUGUGAGACAUUUAUGGUACGGACUUCUGCUCCUGCAAGAAACAAGGAGGCGAGGUAUUCUGAUGGGAGCAUAGCAAUGGACAUCUUUGGGCCUCAAAAACUGGAACAAACACGUCACGGGCCUGAGACGUCAACUUCUGCAGCAAUAUCCAGCGCCUUUGACAGGAUAAGAGAGAGACAGAAGAAGUUGCAGCUUCUGAGGGAAGCCAUGAAUGUAGAAGAGCCUUUGAGACGGUACAAAUCCUACCACAGUGAUGUCUACAGCACCUCCAGCGAAAGUCCGUCUAUUAUUUCCUCAGAACCAGAUUUCCGGCAAGCGAGAAGAAAUGAAGGUUUCAAGAGAGAUGAUACCAGCGGCGCUUUACCGGGCGCUGAUGAUAUCUCCACAUUGAGUCAAGCUAAUUCUCAGCGGGCCAGGCAGCACGAGGCACCAUUUGAAGGCAACCUUAUCAGCCAAGAAGUGAUGCUGAAGCGCCAGGAAGAAGAAAUGGUUCAACUGCAGGCCCGAAUGGCGCUCCGGCAGUCCCGACCUAACCUCUACCCGGGAGAUGCCAUCAGGUCCUCCAUCCUGGACAUCACCCGAGAUCCGCUGAGGGAGAUUGCGCUGGAAACGGCCAUGACGCAACGAAAACUGAGGAAUUUCUUUGGCCCCGAAUUUGUGAAAAUGACUAUUGAGCCAUUCAUCUCCUUGGAUCUGCCAAAGUCUAUCUUGACGAAGAAAGGGAAGAGCGAUGAUACCAGACGAAAAGUCAAUGUCAUGCUCCUGAGUGGGCAGAAGCUGGAGCUGACCUGUGACACCAAGACGAUUUGUAAAGACGUCUUCGAUAUGGUCGUGGCCCAUAUUGGCCUGGUGGAGCAUCACCUGUUUGGACUGGCUACGUUAAGAGACCAUGAAUUUUUCUUCGUUGAUCCUGACAUAAAGCUAAGUAAAGUAGCUCCCGAAGGCUGGAAAGAGGAAUCAAAGAAAAAGAGCAAGCCCCCUGUCAACUUCAUUCUCUUCUUUCGCAUCAAGUUUUUUGUGGACGAUGUCAGCCUUAUACAGCAUACUUUGACCUGUCACCAGUAUUAUCUGCAGCUGCGGAAGGACAUCCUGGAAGAUAGGAUGCACUGUGACGAUGAGACAGCCUUGUUAUUAGCAUCCCUAGCUCUCCAAGCUGAGUAUGGAGAUUACCAGGCAGAGGUACACGGCAUGUCCUACUUCAGGCUAGAGCACUACCUACCAGCAAGAGUGUUGGAGAAACUGGAUCUGUCCUACGUCAAGGAGGAGCUGCCCAAAUUGCACAGCACUUACGUGGGUGCUUCUGAAAAGGAGACAGAGUUAGAGUUUUUGAAGAUGUGUCAGAGGCUCACGGAGUACGGUGUGCACCUUCAUCAUGUGCUGCCUGAGAAGAAGUCCCAGACGGGCAUCCUGCUGGGAGUGUGUUCCAAGGGAGUCAUCGUUUUUGAAGUGCACAACGGGAUCCGCUCACCUGUGCUGCGUUUUCCGUGGAGAGAGACGAAGAAAAUAUCUUUUAGUAAGAAGAAGAUUACUUUGCAGAACACGUCAGAUGGCAUCAAGCACGCAUUUCAGACUGACACUAGUAAGACUUGUCAGUACCUUCUGCAUCUCUGCUCUUCCCAGCAUAAGUUCCAGCUACAGAUGAGAACCAGGCAGAGCAACCAAGACACUCAGGACAUAGAAAGAGCUUCAUUUAGGAGCCUCAACCUUCAGGCCGAGUCCGUCAAAAGCUUUAACAUGGGCCGAGCGAUCAGCACGGGCAGCCUGGCGAGCAGCACCCUGAACCGGCUCGCCGUGCGCCCGCUCUCCGUGCAGGCAGAGAUCCUGAAGAGGCUUUCCUGCUCCGAGCUCUCCCUCUUCCAGCCGCUUCCCAGCUCCUCGAAGGAGAAGAAUGAGAAGAGCUCAUGGGAGGAGAGGCCCAGGGUCAUGAGCAAGUCAUUUCAUGAUCUGACUCAGAGCCACAUCUCCGUUCACCCUCCGCAGAAAAAUGUCAUCGCCGCUUUGGACUCCUCCUCCCCCAAAAUUGAGGACAUAAUGGGAAGAGUCUUUCAGCAGAUGCCCAAAUUUGACCCUGGAUCAGCAGUAGGAGCAUUAAAAUUGAACAAUUCAAAAUCUCAUGCAGGUUUAAGUAGAAGCCCCGAACAAAAGAAAAAUGAAUCAGACUCAUCGUCCCUUGAAGACACCGGUCAAGCCUAUGUUGUAGGCGUGAGCAUGAAUAGUUCUGGAAAUCUUCCAUCACCAACAUCACUAAAAGACAAUGGUGACACGCUGCAAGCAGCGCAGAGCAGAGUUUCGACGCCAGAAAGAGAGAUCACUUUGGUGAACUUGAAAAAGGAUGAAAAAAUGGGUUUAGGCUUUCACAUAAUUGGUGGAGAGAAGACGGGGAAACUUGAUCUGGGAAUUUUUAUUCACUCCAUUGUUCCUGGAGGGCCAGCUGAUUUGGAAGGAUCUUUAAAACCAGGCCACCGACUCAUAUCUGUGAAUAGCACGAGUUUGGAGGGCGUCAGCCACCACACAGCACUAGAAAUACUAGAGAACGCGCCUGAAGAUGUGACGCUUGUGAUCUCUCAGCCCAAGGACAAGCUUCCCAAAGCAUCGUCUAACCCUGCACAGCUCCCCAGUGCAACCAGAGGUUACUUAAGGCGGCCGGCGUCGGUUCAGGACAACGAGGCCGAGUCCUCCUCAGAAGAGCCCGGCCGCGCACGGGGCCACCAGAGACCCCUCUCCGGGAGCUCAUCCGGCCUGUCGGGCAAGCGGGACGGAAGCCUGAGCUCCCAGGACUCGAGGACUGAGAGCGCCAGCCUGUCCCAGAGCCAGGCGGCUGGCGGCCUCGGCAAGCGUGCGAGCAGCAGAGGCCACCAGGACGCCCAACAUUUCGGUGACGCCCUGGCCGCGCUCGCUAAAGGCAACGAGAAGAGGAGACCCUCAUCCGACAGCACCCGAGGGAAAACCAGAGGGCCUGGGAUGCUGGAGUCUGUGGAAUAUUCCGACCGGGGGGAUUCUGACAUGGAUGAGGCAACGUAUUCCAGCAGUCAGGAGCAACAGGCAGCUAAAAAGGCAGAGUGUAUUUCCUAUGAACGUUUCCCGUCAGUGGUACAGGAGAGUGAAAUGAGCUGGCCGGCUGUGCGAGAAUCUUCUCCAGGAAAUACAGUGAAGAAAACGAACUCUAAAAAGGUUAUUGCGACACUUCUUAAACCUGGAGAUAUCUUUGAGGUUGAACUAGCCAAAAAAGAUAACGGCUUGGGAAUAAGUGUCACGGUACUGUUUGACAAGGGCGGCGUAAAUACGAGCAUACGGCACGGAGGCAUCUACGUGAAAGCCAUCAUUCCCAAGGGAGCAGCUGAAGCGGACGGCAGGAUAGAAAAAGGUGACCGCGUGCUCUCGGUCAAUGGGAUUAGCUUGGAAGGCGCUACCCAUAAGCAAGCAGUGGAGACGCUGAGGAACACUGGGCAGGUGGUGCAUCUGCUGUUGGAAAAGGGGCAGCUCUCGGGAGCCAGGGGCCACGCUCCAGUGACACCGCAGUGCACGCCGCCCCACGAGCUGGCGCAGGGCGAGCCCCACGAGAAGCCAGCACCAAAAACUGCAAAUGCCAAGGACUACAGCUUUGUCACUGCAGAGAACACCUUUGAGGUCAAGUUGCUGAAGAACAGCUCGGGCCUCGGCUUCAGUUUCUGCCGUGAAGACAACCUCACCCCUGAGCAACUGGGCUCGACUAUUGUGAGGGUGAAAAAGCUCUUCCCUGGACAGCCUGCGGCGGAAAGCGGGCAGAUAGAAAUCGGGGAUGUCAUUCUGAAAGUGAACGGGGCAUCACUGAAGGGUUUAUCCCAGCAGGAGGUCAUCUCUGCUCUGAGAGGAACAUCUCCAGAAGUUUCUCUUCUCCUUUGUCGGCCGCCACCUGGGAUUCUACCAGACAUUGAUCCUUCUUUGUUGACGCCCAUCCAUUCACCCCAACAAGUAUUUCCAGACGUCAGCAAAGAAGUUACCAGUCUAUCAAAUGGAGAACAAGGCGACAGCUCAGAUGAGAAUGAAACUACUGAUCCGAGCAGCAAAAGGCUCAAAUCUCCUUCUAGGAGAGACAGCUACAGUGACAGCAGUGGGAGCGGUGAAGAGGAGGUGGUGGAUUCCCCCGCGCCCGUGGGCCCUGACUGGAGUUCAACACUCUACCAGAGCUCUGAUGAAGGCCACGGGCCAUCCGAGACGCACAGCGGGCGCCAAGAGGCUUUUCGCACCAUCCUCUAUGCUGCUCAUGAGCCCUCGAGCAAGUCGGAGUCUGAGGACAGCAGUCUGCCACUGGAUUUGCCGCCGAUCCCAACCUGUAGAACUGUUCCUGAUGUGACCACGUCAAUUUUAAUAAACGACUCACAUGCGAGUCCUGCUCCUGAGCUGACUCCACACCUGGGAGGAAUGACAUUAUUGAGUCAGUUGGAAAAAAGUACUGAAGAAUAUGAGCCAGAAGUAGAGCUCCAAGUUACCAUGACCAAGUCAGAAAAGGGCAGUCUGGGCUUCACAGUGACCAAAGGAAAUGAUAACAUUGGCUGCUACAUUCACGAUAUCGUUCAGGAUCCUGCCAAAAGUGAUGGGAGACUGCGACCUGGAGACCGCCUCAUAAAAGUUAAUGACAUGGAUGUCACUAACAUGAGUCACACAGAUGCAGUGAAUUUUCUGCGAGCCGCCCCGAAGACUGUCAGGCUGGUGCUGGGACGUGUUUUGGAGCUGCCCAAGAUGCCAGUGUUGCCUCACUUACUGCCUGAUAUUACGCUGACAUGCCAUAAGGAAGAGCUGGGUCUGUCUUUAUCAGGCGGGCAUGACAGCCUUUACCAAGUUGUGUAUAUCAGUGACAUCCUCCCCAAAUCAGCUGCUGCCAGAGAUGAGAGUCUCCAUGCAUUAGAUAUUAUCCAUUACAUUAAUGGAGUAAGCACGCAGGGGAUGACUCUGAAAGAAGCCAAAAGGAUGUUGGAAACCUCCUUUCCUAAAGUGGUGCUCAAAGUGACCAGAGAUGGUCACCCAGUGCUUCCAAAAUCCAAAAGCCCUGAUGGCUGCAAUUCGUGGUCACUGAAAGCUAACGGCUGCUCCCCUGGUGAUCACUGCAGUAAAGCAGAAACGACAGCUGAUGCUUAUGGGCCCAAGGUAAACGGCAAUGGCAUCCCUGAAGUGCCUCACACAAACACGGAAAAUCAUACCCAUCAAACAAAAGGAUUAAUGAAUCUCACAGGGUACAAAGAUGUCCCUUCCCUUGACUUUACCAAUCAGAUAGCAGAUUUGCCUAAGCACAGUGACAAGUCAGAAACAGAGAUUCCAGAUGAUGAGUAUUAUGAUGAAGAUGACCACAAUGAAGUCGUUCAGUAUCUGUUGGACGUUGUCGAUGAGGAAGCCCAGAACCUUUUAAAUCGCAAUAAUGCCACGUUGGAGGCCCAGACCUUGCUACAUCUCAAGAAGGCUGCGUCAGAUGAUCAUCUGCCAGAGGUGAAUGGGAAGCUGACGGAGGACAAAUCGGAAGAUACAGACUGUGAUGGAUCAUCUUUACCUGAAGACUUUUCAGAGCCAACGCAUAUAAAUGGUUGUGAAGAACAUUGUCAAGCACAAGCUACCCCAGAGAGGUCACCUCCACAACCUUCUUUGAGCCAAGCAGAUGAAGAUGAAAUCACGUGGGGAAGUGAUGAACUGCCAAUUGAAUCCAUAAACCCAGACCGUGUACAUAAAGAUUGCCUUUUAGUGACAAAUGAAGAGAUCUCUGCACUCCCUACUGUGAAAGUGCUUCCUGGAGGCAAGUACACAGGAGCCAGGUUAAAGUCUGUCAUCAGGAUGCUGCGGGGAUUGCUGGAACAGGGUGUCCCUUCCAAAGAGAUUGAAAAUCUUCAAGAGUUAAAACCUUUGGAUCAGUGUUUGAUCGGGCAAGCAAAAGAGAACAGGAGAAAGAACAGAUACAAAAACAUACUUCCAUAUGAUACCACCAGGGUCCCUCUCGGGGUUGAUGGGGGAUACAUCAAUGCCAGCUUCAUCCGCAUGCCCGUAGGGACCGAAGAGUUCGUUUACAUUGCGUGCCAAGGGCCCCUGCCGACGACUGUGGCAGACUUCUGGCAAAUGGUUUGGGAGCAAGACUGCACUGUGAUCGCCAUGAUGACUCAGGAGGUUGAAGGGGAAAAGAUAAAGUGCCAGCGUUAUUGGCCAGAUGUGCUCAAUAAAACCAUCAUGAUAAACGAUAGACUGCGGCUCGCGCUUGUGAGGCUGCAGCAGCUGAAGGGCUUUGUUGUCAGAGUGCUGGAGCUCGAGGAGAUCCAAACAGGGCAGGUGCGGCACAUCUCGCACCUCAACUUCGUCGCCUGGCCGGACCACGACACCCCUUCGCAGCCCGAUGACCUGCUCACGUUCAUCUCCUACAUGCGGCGCGUGCACCGAGCGGGGCCCAUCGUAACCCACUGCAGCGCCGGCAUCGGCCGCUCCGGGACCCUCAUCUGUAUAGACGUUGUCCUGGGGCUCAUCAGCAGGGAUCUUGAGUUUGACAUCUCGGACCUGGUGCGCACCAUGCGUCUGCAGCGGCACGGGAUGGUGCAGACAGAGGAUCAGUACAUUUUCUGCUAUCAAGUUGUCCUGUAUGUCCUGAAUCACCUCCAAGCUGAAGAACAACAGAGAGACAAAUAAAAUCCUGAUCCUGAACUCCUUUUAAAAUAAGGAAGUGAGGCAGUGGAGAGGUUCCUGCAUGUUGCAAUUGUUCUGCCAAAUACUAUCCAGUCCUUAUCUUCAAUUGCUGUCACGUGUCUUUGCUAUGCAGUCUAUCCAUCGUUCCAGUGAAGGUAUCUAGUCUAUGGAAUAUAUGGAGUGUAUGCAAAAGGUCUAACUCAUACAGUACCACUAUUAUCUUCAGC